AUGACCACAUCUCUCUAUGGUCUUGGACACAACAGUGAUGUAACCUGGGGGUCAUUGGGUGUGUCGGGUCUUUCCCCAUCAGACACCCUCACCCAGCCCCAGGCUGUAGUCCUGCUAGAUCCUCAGAGGAGACCCCCACUAUCAUCCCUCCACCCCAAGCCUGCUAGAUCCUCAGAGACCCCCACUCUCAUCCCCUCCCCCUUCCCCCAGCCUGCUAGAUCCUCAGAGGAGACCCCCACUCUCAUCCCCUCCCCCCUCCCCCAGCCUGCUAGAUCCUCAGAGACCCCCACUCUCAUCCCCUCCCCCUCCCCCAGCCUAGGAGACCCCCACUCUCAUCCACCCCAGCCUGCUAGAUCCUCAGAGGAGACCCCUACUCUCAUCCCUCCAUCCUCAGAGGAGACCCCUACUCUCAUCCCUCCAUCCUCAGAGGAGACCCCCACUCUCAUCCCUCCAUCCUCAGAGGAGACCCCUACUCUCAUCCCUCCAUCCUCAGAGGAGACCCCCACUCUCAUCACUCCACCCUCAGAGGAGACCCCCACUAUCAUCCCUCCACCCCCACUCUCAUCCCUCCACCCUCAGAGGAGACCCCCACUAUCAUUCCUCCACCCCCACUCUCAUCCCUCCACCCCCAGAGGAGACCCCCACUCUCAUCCCUCCACCCCCAGCCUGCUAGAUCCUCAGAGGAGACCCCCACUCUCAGAGGAGACCCCCACUCUCAUCCCUGCACCCCCAGAGGAGACCCCCACUCUCAUCCCUCCACCCCCAGAGGUGACCCCCACUCCACUCUUCCCUUGGGGCUCCCCAGUCUGUGACCCCCCCUUCUACUCCCCCCAACAUCCCUACCCUUCCCUUAGUUCCCCCAGAUCUCUCUGGUUAUUACAGUCCAUCCCUCAGCCCCCCAUCUCCCACAGGCAGGGAGAGAUACAAGGCAGUCAUCUCAGAGGCUAA